AUGAAUAUUCCGUCCAUCUUCGACAAGACUGUGAAUAACAACUUGAGCCCUGUGCCCGCGGAUGUCCGUUCCUUGAUGAGCGGGCCAGGCGCCUAUGUCCGAGCGAAGUCAUUCCAGGGUACCGCCAAAGAACAAGUAUUGAAACUUUGCACGCGAGCCCUACGGGCCACUUGGUGGAGUGCCAUGAGCUUUGCAUGA